AUGACUGGUGAUGGUCCUGGAUGCAGUGGGGAAACCUUGACCUUUUUAAGCUAAAGUCUUUCCCACAUCUCAGUUUGUCUGGGGCAAUGCCUGUUUAGUGAUUAAGGCUAGGUAAGAAAUAACCUAGGAAUCAGAAAAAUUUGGGGUCAAGUCUUUUCUUUUGAUUCACCGUGGCUGCAGUUCCUAGGCAAGGUUCUUGACCUCUCAGUGUUCCACCCUAAGUAAAGACUUAGAAGUUAACAUUACAUGCCUUGUGGUCCCCACCCCAUUCAGAAGAACUGCUUUUGAAACUGGUUCUUGGACCUAGUUAUGCUGGACUUCUCUAAACAGAUUUGUUAUGGGGAUGAAAUGAGAACAAAAACACUGAUUCUGAAGUAUAUGCUUAAACCUAGGGGGCUGUAAUUCAAAAUCUACUCUUUAUUUCCACCCCUUCUCCCCUAUUCCUAAAUCCCAAGUUAGAGACCUGAAAAGGGUAGGGAGGGGAACCAAGGUUUUUAUGUUUGAGGGAAGAGGAGUGAGAGAAUCUUCGACUCCACUUACAUAUCCAUUCAGUUGUGUCUUUUCCCUGGUUGUUUUCCUGCCAUUGCUAAGGCCUGGAACAGAGCCUGCUGGACAUGUGUGUGGGAGAGAAGCGAAGGGCAAUCAUUCCCCCUCACUUGGCCUAUGGAAAACGCGGAUUCCCCCCAUCUAUCCCAGGGGAUGCAGUGCUGCAGUUUGAGGUGGAAUUGAUCGCCUUGGUACGAGCCAGCUACUGGCAAAAGCUGGUGAAAACUCUCUUUCCUCUUCUGGGCAUGUGUCUGGUACCAGCCCUCCUGGGUCUCAUUGGCUACUACCUGUACAGCAAAGCCAGCAGCCCCAAGAUCUCUAAGAAGAAGCUCAGAGAGGAGAAGAAAAACAAAAGCAAAAAAAAAUAAAACCUCUUCCCUUAUAUCCG